CCUUCAGCUCUACCGCUGCUGGAUCUGUUUGUGAAUUUCAAACACUCACCGCCUCCAUGUUGGAAAGAGCACAUAGAAACAAUUAUUAUUUUUUCAUAUUAGAUACACCAAAAAAGCAGCAUUAAACUGUCCUACACCAUUAGCAAAAUAAUAAUUGAGAGUCUGUGGAUAACAGAGGCGAGGACUGCUUCUUUUUUUUUUAAAACUCCUGGUCAAAACAAUCCUUCGUGUGCCGAUGCAGCAGCGAGUCUUUGGCUCUCCGUAGGCAAAGGGUUUAUUUUAUUUUUCUUUAUUUAUUUUAUUUUUUUGUCGUUUGUGUGCGUUUAUGCAUUCUUCAUGCUGAACAAAAGGGGGUGCUUGCGCUGAGGUGGUGUUUGGUUUUCGACCACUACUAGCAAGCUAGCUGGACUUGUAGAAAUAGCUAGCUAGCUAGUUAGCUAGCUAUUGAUAAUAAAAACAAGUGAAUUAAAAAGGAAUAACAUCCGUUUCCAUGGACCACACGUCCAUAAUAACCCAGGUUUCUAACCCAAAGGAGGAGGAGAUCAUUUCUUCCAGUCAAGAAAAAGUUUCCCAGUCGAACAGCAGCUUAAAGAAGCAGCGGAACAGAAGUUUCUUCAGCGCCUUCUUCUGCUGUUUCCGUGACUACAAUGUGGAACCUCCCUCCACCAACAACAACACCAGCUCCCUACCGCCACCUGUGGAGGAGAAUGGGACUGUUCCUAAGUGUGACCAGGUCCAGGUUAUCCCCAUCCCUAGUCCUCCUGCCAAAUACCUCCUGCCUGAGAUGCACAUCUCUGACUACGGCAAGAAGUGCGUGGUGAUCGACUUGGACGAGACGCUGGUGCACAGCUCAUUCAAGCCAAUCAGCAACGCGGACUUCAUCGUGCCGGUGGAGAUCGACGGAACCGUUCAUCAGGUGUACGUUCUGAAGAGGCCGCAUGUGGACGAGUUCCUGCAGAAGAUGGGCGAGCUGUUCGAGUGCGUCCUCUUCACUGCCAGCCUAGCCAAGUAUGCGGACCCCGUGGCCGACCUGCUGGACCAGUGGGGCGUGUUCCGCGCGCGGCUCUUCCGAGAAUCCUGUGUGUUCCACAGAGGGAACUACGUCAAAGACCUCAGCCGGCUAGGGAGGGAGCUCAGUAACGUCAUCAUCGUGGACAAUUCGCCCGCGUCCUACAUCUUUCACCCUGAGAACGCAGUCCCUGUGCAGUCGUGGUUUGAUGACAUGACAGACACGGAGCUGCUGGAUCUCCUCCCGUUCUUCGAGGGCCUGAGCAGGGAAGAGGACGUUUACAGCGUGCUGCAGAAUCUGAGGGGCAGGUAGCGGAGCCCCAAAAUCCCUCCCUCGCCCCGCCUCCGGCUGGUUUUUACCGCACCUCCUUCGGCCUGACCCCGCCCCCCUGCCCCCUCUCCAGCACGGCUCAGGUCCUCUCCUGCCUCGGCCUGUAGAGGGCGCUGCGGAGCGGCGCUCUGGAGAACGGCAGCGCCCUCCCUGCCCUUCUCGCCUCCUCUUCUGACUGCACCGUGAUUGGACAGAAUGAUUGCAGUGCGCUUAACAUUUUAUGGAUCCUGACCUGGGUGCGUCCUAUUGGCCAGAAAAAGAAAAGAAAAAAUGCAUAUAUAUUUGUAAUUUGGAGAGAAAGAAGUUGAAAGAAAAGGAACUUUAAUUUUUUAUCCAAGAGACACAAUCCUGUUAAGCUCUUUAUAUUUACCAAAAACAACCUUUUUUCUGUUCAUUUUUUUUUUUUUUGAAAAGGAGGAAAACGUUGAAUCUUUUUUUUUUGUUGUUUCGAUCCUUACAUUGUUGCUAUGCAGGCAGUCUGUUCUUGAUCUUCAGUAGUUUAAAGUACUGUUUUUUUCUUUCUUUACUGAAUUGAAGUGCCUUUUCGAAUGUUGUUUUUACAAGAAAAACAAACUUCCAUUUUGUACGCAGCAUAUUUCCAGAGAACUGCAAUCUUUUAAUGAGCAUAUGCUUCAAAACAAGCAAAUAUGAAACUUUUUAAGAAAGCACUGUUAUUUAUGCUGAUGAUUUUUUUAAAUAUCAUUGGACGCUGGGUACAUGUCUCCUUAAUAUUUUAAAUGGUGUUUCUUUCAGUUGGCUAUAGCUCAUGCCAUUAUAUAGAAGUGAUUUUUCUUUAUUUAGUUCAUUAGACAUAGCAAUGUGUUUAGCGUCCUUGUAGGCUUUGAUGAAGGGGAAGAAUGCAUUUGCAAUUGUGAAAUUAUAUUGCUGGUUAUCUUAACUGCAGGCUCCCAAUGAAAAUCUCUUGUAUUUAGCCUGGGUGAAAUAUCUUUAACCCUUCAGUGACCGAGUGCCAAUUUUAAUUUGAAAAGAUGCCAUACACUGGAUUUUCCGUGCCAGGUGCUGAGUGCUUCUCAUUGAAUUGAAUGUGUGUUUAGUUUAUUUCGCUAUUUAAAUUGGGAAUGCAAGCAUGUGCAUUACGCUCUUUCUCCGUGGACACCUUAAAAUUAAAUUUAAAUGCCCACACGUGUCUUUUUAUGUUUUUAUUACCCUUUUAACUUUUAGUGUUUUUACUUAUUUUAAGAGUUUCUGGGCUCAUCUGGUGCUUUUUUCCUGUUUUGGUUUUGGGUACUUCAGGUGAAAACCACACACUCUUAAUUGGAUAAUCCUUUCCGCCAGACUGAUUUUAGUGUUUUGUUUUUAGUAGUAAACAUGAAGCUUUAACAGCCUUCCCGAAGUUCAGCCACAGAACACAAUUGCAAAUGUGUCCUUUCCAACCUGGCUAAAAUGACCCUUCAUUUUAUGGAAACUGCAUUCUUUUUCUUUCCUUUCAGAUUAGUCAUGGCUGGGGGGUUGGGGGGAUGGACUGACAGUGUGGGGUUUUUAGCGUUAUAAUUAGAACUGUGUUUUAAGCGCACCGUGCUGCUGCUGCAGUACAGUCACCGCAUGGAGUCGGCCACAGGCCACCGGAGCUGUUCUUCACCACCGUGCCUACGUCAGGACGAGCCGCGGUCGCACGCGGAACCCCGCCCCCCGGGCUCGGAGUCCCGCCCCCGGUCUCAGAGUCCCACCCCCAGGCUCAGAGUCCCACCCCCGGGCUCGGAGUCCCGCCCCCAGGCUCAGAGUCCCACCCUCUGGGCUCGGAGUCACGCCCCCGGUCUCAGAGUCCCGCCCCCAUUCUCAGAGUCCCACCCCCGAGCUUGGAGUCCCACCCUCUGGGCUCGGAGUCCCGCCCCCAGGCUCAGAGUCCCACCGCCGGGCUCGGAGUCCCGCCCCCAGGCUCAGAGUCCCACCGCCGGGCUCGGAGUCACGCCCCCAGGCUCAGAGUCCCGCCCCACUGGGCUCGGAGUCACGCCCCCGGUCUCAGAGUCCCGCCCCCCGGGUGCAGAGCCACGCCCCCCUGGGCGGUAACCCGGCUGCACCCGUGAGCGCCGCCCCUCCCACCCCGCGUCUCCUGUAUCAGUUAUCCUGCAGCUCUGGUUUCCUUUCUGUUUUCGCUUUCUGUUCUCAGUAUAUGGUUUUGAAAAAAGGAAAAACAAAAAAAUGAGGUGUCAUGCCCGUGUUUUUGACCCGUGUUUUUUCUGCAGUGAGCGCAGUAAGGCUCUCUCUCCAGGCUCUGUAAAACAGCGGGUACUUACUGGAAUCACAUUUCAUAUGUGUGCGCAUGAGUGUCUGAAUACGAUAGAGUGUGUGAGAGUGUGUUUGUGUAUGUGUGAAUACAGUGUGUCUGUAUGUGAGUGUGUAUGUAUGUGUGUGUGAGUGUUUUGUGUGUGUGUGUGAGUGCGCAUGUGUGCAUGUGUAUUAUCCAGAGGGUAAGGUACAUUUUGGUGUGUUGAGGAUUGUGAAAUGUUAAAAACGUGUGAUGCGCGCACACACACACACACACACACACAGAGCCAGGCAUGUGGGAGAGCUUCACUGUGCUGCUGUUUUGCAGCGUUAUUUUCAGUGAAAUGUUACUUGGUUUGUUGCAUAAAUCUUUCAGAGACAUGUCAUAUUUAAAGCACCUUUUUAAAAGAAAUGAACAUUUUAGAGUUUUCUGUGACAAAUAACCUUUUACUGUACUACAUACACUGCUGAAAUAAACACUAAACUAUGA